CACACACUUACCAGUUUCAAGCAAGCCCCCUCAAUAAAAAAAUUAAAUAAAUAAAACCCAGAUACAAGAUAUAAAAAAGAAAAAGAGAAUUAAGAGAGAGAAAAAGAUUGAAACAUUUGGUGUUAUGUUGAUGGAGAAAGAACGAAAGGAAAAACUUUUGUUUUCAUAAAGGGCACUCUUCCAUUGAAAGGUCAAUUUCUUUUGAUAAAAUAUAAAGAGAAAAAGGGAGCAAAAAGGGUGGAACACUUGAUAAUUCUACCACUCAUGCUUUGAUCCGCGUGCUUUGAUGGCAAAAAAACUGACCCCUCUAAAUCAUGUUGUAUGUAAUUUUUUUACUUUUCCUUUCUGCUGUUGAUGGAGUGAGGAGGGGGAGAAGAGGAAGCCCCACUUAGAUUUUUCAGUAACUUUUUACAGUGUGUAUUAUUCCUUGGUUUUGGAUUUUUUGGCAUGCUCCCAGUCCUAUUUGAUUGGUUGCUCUCAUACUUCUAGAUUCUCUGAAUAUUUGUCUUUGCUCUAUUUCUAUGUCCCUCUUAAUAACCAUGUAAUUUCUUUCUUUAAGGUGCCAUUUGAUUUCUUUCAACAAGAAUAUGUGAAUUUGCCUCUUUGUAAGAGGGUGUGAUUUUUGGAUGGAAAGAUUCUGUCUUUUUGAUUGAUUGGUUGGUACAAAGAUGGGUUCUUUCAGAGAGUUUUUGGGUUUGAAGUGAGAAAGGGAAAAGCCCUAGAUACAUGGGCUCUGUUCGGGAAACGCCAAAAGUUGGAGGCUUGGUUGGUGGGGCACAUAAUCUGCUUGAAGAGAUGAAACUGUUAAAAGAAAUGCAGGAUCAUUCGGGGACAAAGAAGACAAUAAAUUCAGAGCUAUGGCAUGCCUGUGCUGGUCCAUUGGUUACCUUGCCUCAGGUUGGAAGCCUCGUCUAUUAUUUUCCUCAAGGACACAGUGAACAGGUGGCAGUGUCCACCAAUAGAACAGCAACUUCACAAAUACCCAAUUAUCCUAAUCUCCCUGCUCAAUUGUUGUGCCAAGUUCACAAUGUUACACUCCAUGCAGAUAAAGAUACAGAUGAGAUAUAUGCCCAAAUGAGCCUUCAACCUGUGAAUUCUAAAACGUUUCAUUUCUGUGGUGAUAACUUACUACUUGAUCAGGAAAAAGAUGUCUUUCCUAUACCAGAUUUUGGGUUAAAGCCUAGUAAACAUCCAACUGAGUUCUUCUGUAAAACUUUGACGGCAAGUGAUACAAGCACACAUGGUGGCUUCUCAGUUCCUCGGAGGGCUGCAGAAAAGCUCUUUCCCCAAUUGGACUACUCAAUGCAACCUCCAACUCAAGAGCUUGUUGUACGCGAUUUGCAUGAUAAUACCUGGACUUUUCGUCAUAUAUACCGAGGUCAGCCGAAGAGACAUCUACUCACAACUGGUUGGAGUAUGUUUGUUGGUGCAAAGCGUCUUAGAGCAGGCGAUGCUGUUCUGUUUAUCAGGGAUGAAAAAUCACAAUUGUUGCUGGGAGUGAGGCGUGUUAACCGUCAGCAGACAGCUUUGCCAUCUUCAGUGCUGUCUGCUGAUAGCAUGCACAUUGGAAUCCUUGCUGCUGCAGCUCAUGCUGCUGCUAAUAGAAGCCCGUUUACUAUUUUCUACAAUCCAAGGGCAUGCCCUUCAGAAUUUAUCAUUCCUUUGGCUAAAUAUCGAAAAUCUGUAUAUGGUACACAACUCUCUGUUGGUAUGAGAUUUGGAAUGAUGUUUGAAACUGAAGAAUCAAGUAAACGCAGAUAUAUGGGCACUCUUGUUGGUGUAAGUGAUUUAGAUCCACUGAGAUGGCCUAAUUCAAAGUGGCGUAGUCUUCAGGUUGAGUGGGACGAGCCAGGAUGCGGUGAUAAACAAAAUCGAGUUAGUCCAUGGGAAAUUGAGACUCCUGAAAGUCUCUUUAUAUUUCCAUCUUUAACUACAAGUUUCAAACGUCCUUUCCACUCUGCGUUUAUAGCAGGAGCGCAAACAGAAUGGGAUAAUUUGAUUAAUAGACCUUUCGUUCGAGUUCCUGAAAAUAGAAAUGGUGAGUUUCAGUGUCCCUCAGUAUCAACCCUGUGGUCAGAGCAAUUAAUGAAGAUGCUUAUGAAACCUCAUGAAGUAAACCAUCCUGGCAAUAUUGCACCUUCUGUGCUAGAAACUACCAUUAAUGAUACAGCCUUGCAAGAAUCUAAGGCUCUGGUGCAAUCAGCAAUCAAGCAGAAAUCUGAGGUGAUCCCUUCAGGAAUGGCAUCACUGCAAAGAGACACUUAUCCUCAAACCUUUGUUGGCCAACCAAAUAUCACCAACACAAACAAUUUUGGAACUAGUUCGGAAUUGGAAAAAAUAGAACCUGUACUUACUACAAAUCAGCUAAGCCAGUUUGAAUCACAGGGGCCGAGCAAUGAAGAGAAACUGUUGGUGAAGCCCAUGAAUCCUCCUAAUCUUGUAACUGAUCUAGCUAUCCUGAACCAGAACAGCGGCUCAUUACCUUUGCAGACAAGUCCGUGGAUCAUGCAAUCACGUCUGGACUCACAAAUAUUGCAGAGCCCACAAAGUGAUCCAUCCCAAUUAGAUUCUGCUAAUGUCAACAGCUUGCUUCAAAACCCUGGUAGGAUAGAAUGCAAUUCAUACGUGCCUGUGUGUCAUCCUCCAACUGCAUCUUUUAGCACUCCGGGAUAUGCAUCCAUUUUGAAGAGAUCAGACCAGCCUACAACGUCAGCAGAAAUUGUUUGUCCUGUACUGCUUUCAACAGGACAAGGAUUGUGGGAUCCUCAGUUUAACAAUCCCAAGUGUGCCUCCCAGGAAAACCUUCUUGAUCCACCACCCCAUCAUGACUUGUCUAAUCUUCAGUAUGCAUCAAAUUCAUAUGGCUUGAAAGACUUGUCAGAAGAGAGUCAUCCCCAGAGUGAUAUAUAUAGUUGUCUUAAUCUUGACGGUAGUAACAGUGGAAGUACAGUAAUUGAUCCUUCCAUUUCAAACGCAAUAUUGGAGGAUUUUUGCACGUUAAAGCAUGCUGACUUCCAUAACCCUUCAGAUUAUCUGAUGGGAAACUUCAGUUCGAGCCAAGAUGUUCAAUCUCAGAUUACAUCAGCUAGUCUAGUAGAUUCUCAGACUUUCUCUCUACAAGAAUAUGCAGACAAUUCAGGCGGGGCAUCCUCAAGCAAUGUGGAUUUCGAUGACACUACCCUUUUGCAGAAUAGCUCGUGGCAGCAAGCAACUCAGCGGCUCCGAACCUAUACAAAGAUUCAAAAAGCUGGAUCAGUUGGAAGGUCGAUUGAUGUCUCAAGUUUCAAGAAUUAUGAUGAACUGCGUUCUGAAAUUGAACGCAUGUUUGGACUUGAAAGGUUGCUCAACGACUCUGGUUCUGGUUGGAAGCUAGUUUAUGUGGAUUUUGAAAGUGAUGUUCUUCUUGUUGGGGAUGAUCCUUGGGAGGAGUUUGUUGGUUGUGUGAGAUGCAUCAGAAUAUUAUCGCCCUCGGAAGUUCAACAGAUGGGUGAAGAGGGAAUGCAACUUUUAAACUCUGCUGCACUGCAAGGGGUAAAUGGCGAAGGAGGAUUCAAUCGAGAUGGUCCACGCUGAUUUAUGCAGUGGAUUUGUUUAUCAGGAAAAUAUGGAAUUUGCUUAUAAAAUUUCCAUGAAGCAAGGUUGAAUUAGAGCUUUCUUUUUAAAGCGUGGGAUUGUAAUAACUUUGGGUUAAAAAUACAUUUUUUUAACGUAUGAAGUCUUAUGUUUGGCAUAGAGCCAUGUAAUCGAAUGAAUGCUAGCUGGCAUAAAUAUUUUCUAAUGAAGGCAAGAUCCCAAGUGGAUUCAAUUUGUUCA